GCCAGCAACAUGACAGUGAAUCUGAAGUCCUGGUGAAGGUUAUGGGGUCUGAAGAGAAGCUGAAAUGUGCGUUCCUCCUCUUAAAUGUCUAUGGCCCUUUAGAGAGCAAAGUUUUCCCAAAUAUUCCACAUGAAAAUUAUGUUGAAGAGGCUUCUCGAUGUCUAAAGAAACUUAGGAAGUUGGACGAAAUCAAGGAGAAACUAAAUAAGGGAGACUACGCCCGUGUGGGAUAUUUUGUUCUGGCCAUGAAUGAAUUCUUUACUAUCCCCAGUUGCAAUGAUGCAGAAUUCACUAAGGAUGAUUUUAAGAAGACUUUCAAAAAACAGUUUGCUAUUCAGGAGACAAAUUAGAACAGUGCACUGAUGUAGUUGAUGCUGUUCGCAUCCUGAAAAGUCCUACUUUCAGGCAGAUUUCUUUUUUUUUUCUUCCAUUGUUGUUCAAGUACAGUUUUCUUCCUUGCCCUCACCCCUUUCCACCACCCCAGCUCCCCCACCUCCUUCCCCUGGUUCCACCCUGCCUUGUUAUU